GAAGGUACGCUAAGUCAAGGGAAUUAAAUGAGGUGAAUAUUGUUGGGUGUUAAGGUUCGCAGAAUAUCAGUGUUGUAUCCGUGCCAACGCUAGUGAAAACCACUUAAUUCUUGUGUUAUUUGUGGUAUUUAUUGCAUCGUCAAUGGAGAGAAAUGAAACACCAGAAGCUGAACAAGUUAGUGGUAGUAGUGAAACACCCGAAAUUGCCGAAUGGUUAGACACAAAAUGUGUUUUCUGCAAGCAAGAAUUGAAAGAAAACAAUGAGCCAAGACUGCUUCCUUGCCUUCAUGGUGCUUGUAAAGCUUGCAUUUCUGCAGAGUCGGUACCUAGUCCCGCGUCUUUUUCAAACUAUUCGUCACCUGCAACCAAGCCUGUAACCUGUCCAGUCUGUAUGGAAGAAGUUAACCCUGAUGUUUCCAUAGAACAUCUAUUUAUCUUGGAGAACUUGGCACAUGAAGGUGAGGACAGGAAAGGACCAUGUUGUACAAACUGUGAGGAGAGUGCUUCAGCCUCUGGGUUCUGUACAGAUUGCCAGGAGUGGCUGUGCGAAGCAUGUGUUCAGGCUCACCAGCGAGUUCGGGUAACCAAGGAUCACAGUAUACGACCGCGUAAUGAGAUGGAAGGGGAAAAAACAACAGGACUUGGUCAGAAAUACCAUUUUUGUCCCUUGCAUUCAAAGGAACCUCUGAAGUUGUACUGUGAAAGCUGUGACAAGUUAACGUGUCGAGACUGUCAACUUUUGGAGCAUAAAGACCACAAGUACCAGUUUCUUUCAGCUGCUUGCGAACAACACAGAAGUUACUUGGCCACGCUGCUUUCAAAAAUCAAGGAAAAAUACAGCUAUAUUGAAAAUGUCCAGACACUAAUUAGCCAGAGGCAGACUGAAUUAACAGAUAGAGAAAAAGAAGUAACUCAGGAAAUAAAAAUGUUUGCUAUAAAGUUCAUCACAGAAAUUAAUCGACGUGGAAAGCAGUUACUUCAAGAACUGAAUGAAGUGUGUAGUCAUAAGAAGAGACAGCUGACAGUGAAGAAUGAAGAGCUAGUGUCGUUUUGCCAGAGGCUUCAACAUUGUCAGAAGUUUGCUGAAGCUGUCGUUAAUAAGGGCAGUGAUAUUGCUCUUGUAUAUAGUAAGAAGGCAAUAUCUGAACAGUUGCAGCAUAUCCUACGGCGCCGUUGUGAAGUUCCUAACUCUCAGCACGUAGUUGACAUUAAGUUUGCUUAUGAAUCUGAGUUUCUUAGUGACUACAUUAGCAAAAUUGGCUGCUUACUGGUUGACCGGCAGCCAGUAGGAGGAUUGAGCAUAGGCCAGCAAACAGUUAACCCUUCCAUGAUGAUAGGAAUACCACCCCUAACACAGCAUAGGGGAGUGAUACCAUCUCAAGUUGCUCGACCUCCACCACCCUAUGUCAAUAUUGGUGGAACAGCUAUGGCUCUAGGACCACGAGGGCCCAUAAUGACACAGUCCCAUACAAAGGGGUAUCCUCAGCAACUGGUGUCAUCUUCCACUCAUCCCAACCUUGCUGGACAUUCCCCCGUUCAGCUGAGAAACAUCCUUAACACAGGUCACCAUCAAGUUAUGCCUUCUCGCCCCAGUCAGUCGGCAGCCAACUGGCAACAGUGCAUGCCAGGAAGUCAAAUUAGGAGCCCAACCUCUCCAGUUGGGCAGCAGGCAAGAGCAUAUCAAGUACAAAUGAGGCCAUCGAAUCAUCAGUCACCUCUUUCCACUUCUCAAACUUCAGUUGCUAUAUCCCUUCCUGUCUCAUUGAAUUCUAACAUCACCAUUUCACCUGUAAAUGUUGCUGAUCCCACCAGUAGACAAAGUCAAGCACCAGUUCAAAGAUUGUUGGCUCCUCAACCACAGCCAAAAUCGACACCAAACCUCCCACCAGGACUUCAGAUACUGCCUCAUCCUGUACCUCGUCAUUCUGUACAUUCCCCAAUGAUAGCUAUAAACAGUGGAUCUUCACCUUUGUCAUACAUUCGGAACAUGACAAACACUACCAGGCUGAGUCACUUCCCUACGUCAACUAUCGUAAGCAGGAUACCUCAUGAAAACCUUCUGCAUGCCACACCCAUGAUGCAGCAUAUACCAAAUGUAAAUGUCGGUGCACAACCGUACCUUGUACCAGGACCUCCCAUCAAUUCUGUAUCAAACAUUGUACAUAGAGCAACACCAGACAGUGUCAGUCUCACUCCACCAGCCACAACAAUGCAGAAGUUUGAAAG